UUUCUGUUUGUUUUUAUCUGUCAAAAAAAAAUUCGCUGCUUAUUCCGUACCAGCGUGCUUCUUGAUAUGGCAAGUUGUUACAAAAUGUUCAAUAAUACACUAGUUACACAAAACAUUACUACUGUUACGAGGUCACAAUUCUACCGUGCUGUGAACAUUUAUUUAUUCAAACCACAUGUUAUUAACCGAAAAUUGUUUGGUGUUCGUAAUAUUCUAAACUAUGCUUUCCGUCGCACGGAACGGCAAGAUCCUUCAUUAGACGUUGCGAAUAUGCUUGACGACUUCAAGAUUAAAUUUGAAGAGAAUUCAAACCAUGAGGUAAUUAUUACUGAGUUGGCUCAAAAAUAUAACAUAGAAAUUGAGCGGCUACCUUAUGACAUUGACUUAAAAACCUCGCCCGAUGAAGAUCGAGGAUACUUCAUCAUAAAUAGAUGGCUGCCUAGAAACUUGAAUACCUAUAAACCACUGGAAAUGUUAUCAAUUGUGGAUUCUUUCUCACAAUCUGCUUCGUUCGUCUGCCUUAAUAACAGUGAAAAUUAUCUAGCCCCAAAGUUUGCAUUUUCCAUACAAUUGGAUGGGUCAAUGUUAUCUAUCAAAAAUGUUGAGCCUUCAGCAGAUUCUAAAUCGAACACUUGGUUGACGGAGGUUCUCUUUCAACGAUUAUUAAAAUGGAUUGGUUCCUUUGCCGAACAGGAAAACCAAACAGUCCUAAAAGAAGAUACCAGGUCGCUGUCAUUAGUGCACUGUGUGGAAGAAUAUAACCAAUUGUAUGGACAAUUGAAAGCUAAGUACGGUAUUAAAAUGGUUGACCAAUGGCCAGAAGGAACAGAUCCUAAAAAAUACGUGUAUGAAGACGUGGCAAUAGCAACUUAUCUGUUACUAUUAUGGAAGCAAGAACGGGAAUUUAAAGGUUCUGAUAGAUUGCAGUCAUUCGUCGACGUUGGAUGCGGCAAUGGCUUGCUCGUUUAUAUACUUGUGUGCGAAGGACACAAUGGAUUCGGAAUUGAUUUAAGAAAACGAAAGAUUUGGAAUCUUUAUCCAGAAAAAAUUAAAUUGAUAGAGAAGUCCUUGAUACCAGAUACAGAGCUUUUUCCACAAACUGAUUGGAUUAUUGGAAAUCAUUCGGAUGAAUUGUCGCCUUGGAUUCCAGUUCUGGCUGCUAAAAGUAGCUACCAAUGUCAGUUUUUCCUCUUACCAUGCUGUGCGUUCGAAUUCAAUGGAAAAAAAUUUCAGCGACAAAAUUCACAUGUUAGUCAGUAUAACGAUUUUAUAAAUUACGUUGAACAAAUCUCAAAGGUUUGCGGUUUUCAAACUGCUGUUGACCGGUUAAAAAUUCCCAGCACGAAACGAAUUUGCCUCGUAGGUUCGAAUCGUACGUAUCCGGAGAGCCAAUCCGAUGUCUAUCGCGAUAAUAUUCAAGCUUUUAUCAAAAGUAGAAGCAAUUCAAACUCGAAUGAAGGAAACUGCCUUCUUGGUUUUCGACCACGAGAAUAUACAGAGAAGGUUAGAAAUUGCACCAAAGUUAACCGAAACGUGGUAGAUGAAAUUGUUGGAAUUGCUUUUAAUGCUCUGAUAGCGAAAAAACGCAUUGCUUGUGAGUUCCCUGGAAAGGUGUGGAAUGCUGGUGGAACCAUAACCAUAAGUGAAUUAGUGAAGAUGAUUGACCAGGAUAAACUAAACCAUCUGAAAGCAGAAUGCGGAGGACUUCAAACCUUACUUAAAAACAAUCACCAGGUAUUUCACGUCACUAACGGCUGCGUUCAGCUGAGGAUUCCGACCAAGCAAGGGCAGAAUAGUAAAACCGCUGAGGAACUGAAGAAAAAGGUGAAACGAAAAAACACAAAAAUCGUCAACUUGAAAGAGAGGCCUUGUUGGCAUUACGUUAACCAUCCGGAUGGCUGCCCGUUCGAUGAGCAUGAUUGCAAAUUUAAGCAUUGACAAAAUUUUUGCUGGUAAAUGGUAAAUACGUUUAUGUACGAGGGAAACCAGAAUUCAUACCAACCUAUGUCUGAACGUACUCAUUCUAUGCUUUGAGGACAAUUCAAAUUCAAAGCAAAGAAAAUAUCUUUUGUUUUUUUAUUGAUGCAAUAAAAGGUUUAUGUAUUUACUUUUUUAUUUAUGAUCCGAAU